UCUUGAAUAUCAUUUCAUCACAUCUUUUUACUUACUGAAAUAAUCUUUGUCGGAAAUGAGCGGUAAUGUGCCGCCACUCUUGGCAAAUCAAAGGAGAGUGAGCGAUAAUAUGAUGAAUAAUAGGUCAAUCACUCAACGUUCUGUUUCUGAUGAAAGAGUGCCAACGAAUGGUACACAAGGAAGAUCCUCAUCAUCUUCCAAUCGAAACAGCACUCUUGGUUCUUUAUUCAGAACGAGAGUCGAUCAACAACCACAAAGAUCUUCUCAACAAUCACAGAGGCCAACUUCUCAAAAUCAGCAUAGACCUGCAUCGGCAUAUUAUCCAUCACAUCAUGCAGCUCCAGCAUACACUCAAAGCUCUCCAAUCUCAGGUUUGCCAGCCACUUCAGAUUCAUACUCUUCCACAAUUCCAGGAUUACCAGCACCAAUGCCCAAUCCAUAUCAAUCAGGCUAUAACCAAACCCAAUACAGACCACCACAAUCAGCACCAAAUCAACAGCAUGCAUUCAAUGCAUAUCCUCAUCCACCCACUUCAGCUCCAGCAACGUAUGGAUCUCAACAGCAGCAGUACAAUGGCAGCUACUCAUCGCCACAACAGCCCCCGCAUAAUUCCGGACGUGUGUCUUCACCUUCAAUACCACAGGCAUCAGCUGGGCAGGCAGAAGGGGAUUCAGACUAUGAGGCUGUCUUGCAAGCGUCGAGGGCAAGCGCUGCAGAAGAGGAACGAAAAAGAGAGCAAAGAGAGAAGGAAGAAGAAGAGCAUUAUAUGGCACUGUAUAGAUCAGAAGAGGAAGAGCGUAGGAAAAGGCAGGAAGAAGAGGAAGAAAGGAGUUUGAUGGAAGCAAUGAGGGCCAGUCAGAUAGAGGAUGAAGAACUAAGAAGGAAGAGGUUGGAACGACAAAGAGAAGAAGAGGAAGCAGCUACAAUCUUGAUUGAAGAAAGCAGACAAAGUGCAUUACGUGAAGAAGAGGAAAGAAUGCGACGUCAACAUGCUGAAUUGCUUGAGCAAAGUAGACGGGAGGCAGAACAAGCAGAAUUAUCAAGAAGACAUGCAUUAGCAGAACAAGAACGGUUAGAACAAGCAGCUGUAGAAGAAAGUCUAAGAGAAUUAGAGGAAGAAUGGCGAAGGAGAGAUGAGGCAGAAAGAGCAGAUGCAAUGCACAUUCAACGUGGCGGUGAGAUUGGUGAUGUGUCUUAUUGGCAACAUCUUGAUGAGAAGAAAGCACAUAGACUGGCAUUAGAAAUGAAUGAACGUUUCGCCAUCAACGGUGGACAGGCUGCGGGUCCAUCGAACAGCAAUGUUGGUGCUUCAAGUAAUAAUAGACACUCAACUGUUCGAUCUCGCCGCCGACCAUUACCUCCUACACCUAGUAUGGCAGCACAAGCAGCAGGUGUAGAAGUACCAAGAAUUCUAGUAGUCGAUGAAGAAGGCAGGACAACCGAUAAAAGAGACUAUGUCGAUGAUGAUUGGGAACUUAGUGAUGAUGAAUUCAUGGCAGGUGAUGGACAAAUACAAGAAGAUGGCUCUGAUCCUUUUGGCGAUCAGGCAGAAGCACCGCCAAUGUACGAUGAAGUGCAUAGUGACCGUCCUCCAGAAGCGCCAACGUCCAUUCCAACAAACGUUCAGUUUGUUCGACCAGACUUCGGACCUCGACCAGAUCAUGAUAAUACAAUUUCGACCUUAUCAUAUCCAGUGGACAAGAGUGCGGCUUAUUCCUCCACAGUACCAGGCUCAAGAUCAACUUCACAGUCACCGCCAGCUCAGUCAUCAAAUCUACCAAUUGCAUCCACCUCAAGCCAAGCAGCACAUAAUGCUUUGCCUUCUACUUCUCAUGGAUCACCUAGUCAACCUGCUGCAAGUUCUUCUCGCCCUGUAAGUGGAGCCCCGGGGAAGAGAUUACCAGACAUUCCAAUCGAUCGUCCGCCUAUUCCUGUGGCAAGAAUCUAUACUGAUCAACAAGAGACAGUCUCAUUAAAUCGCUCGCAAAGUCAAAGCACGCAACCGACUGAAGAUUCAAAUCGACCUUCGGAAGAGCCGGAGAGCGUACCUACAACACCUGACGAGGCUGUGAACUUCCAGCAAAAACAAAUGAAAGGGACCGAUUUCGGCUAUUCGGGUGAACCUUUUGGUACGAGCUUGUAUAUUCAAGGCCUAUCGGAAGCAAAGACGACAUUUCCAAAUAUCAUCACUUUAAGCAAGUGUAAGACAGACGGUUCUCUGACUGAUGAAAAUUGUUUCUUCGUUGUACGAGCACCAAGCUGGAAAGCUCUUGUUCGUGCUUUGGCAUGGUAUGGAAAUACGAGAAUUGAAGCAGGACCAGAAGAGAUUGUGGACUAUCCCGAAGGCGUGCCUUUGCGGAUCGAAAUUGAAUUUGUCACACCCUCAAAAGUCAACAAACCAAACGAAAGUCAAUUGCAAAAAGCACAUGUAAGCGUUUGCUUCUCUUUGGCUAUUCCCUCUCUCAAAGAAGCACCUCCAAUGCCAUUGCUCAAAGCUCUCAAAGACUCUUCACGUGCACUCGAUUCUGGUUAUUUACGCCAAGGUGCAACCAGAAGAGUGAUCGCCUUACCAAGUCAACCGCCAAAAUUACCAUUAGAUGUCGUUCGAUUGGCGCAACAUAUGCAUCGUGCUCAUACGUUCAGUGCAGCAUGUCCUUCGACUGGCGCAACUGCUUUACAUAGUCCGCGGGAUUUGCAUCAUGCAGUUGAAAGACAUGAUGUCGGCUAUGUUGCCAAAUUGCAAAGGAAACGAAAGGAUAAUGGAUUAACGGGCGCAACUGUUCCGUCGGCGUCCGAAGCUCAGAACGCCUCGGAUUCGAGCAUGAAUAACACCGCUACAGGAGGAAAUACAGGCCAAUCUUCUUCCUCAAACCAGCCUACAUCUGAUGGCGCUCGAAGGCAAUCCAAGAUCCUUCAGCCUUCCAGCUCGUCAAUCAUGAAUCAAAGCGGCGGUACAAGCACGAAUGCUAUUGAAGAAGAAAGCUUGGAAGGCGAAUUGAAUCAUACGGAAGAACACGGAGAUUUCUUGGAUGCAGGCGCAGUUGAGAUCGUUGACGGUGAUGAUCGCGAUUCAGGUCGUAUGGCUAGAUUACGUGCUCGCGUUCAUCGUAGGUUGGGUAAACGAUCUGGCGAUCCGAGAACGGUCGAUCAAGACUUAGAAUCGUGGAUCACGCCUUAUGAUAUGACACAGCAUGGUUAAAGAAUACCAAGACAAUAGUCAAUUUAUGUAGCAUACUUUAAAUAUACCCUUGCAAGAAGACAUGUUCCGUGUGUUGGUUGUAGGAGUAUGGCUUUAAGGUUGCAUCGCCCCGUACGCCUUUGGCUUUGUCACAACGCUAUCUUGGCGUGCCUUGCUGUGUCUUUGCCAUUCAGUUCAAUGGAAAGGAUAAAUCGGGCGUCUGAUUGGAUGAAGAGAUGUUGUCUAUAAAAACAGACUUUCAUUUUCCGGUUUUAUCUUCACCUCCCUGUUCGCUUUACAAACCUUUUCGCCCUUCCUUCAUCAUUUGAAGAGCAACCUUAUUUCACUUUUUUCCUAAAUCCAAAAUUUUGUAGGCAUCCAUCCUACGAUAC